UGAAUAACUGUAAAGUGUUAAACUGUGGUUAUAAGGUUGAGUUUAAAAUAACAUAAUUCUUAGUAAAACAUUUCCAAGUUUUGGAUGCGAAAAUAUUGGUGAUAAUAUGUCAAAACUUUUUGGGUGUUUCUUUCCCCUACUUGGACGACGGAAGCGACAUCUCUCAUCUGAUUCAGAUAUGGAUAGUGUCGAGGAAAAAAAUGUUGUGUUAGCCGAAAGAGAAGAUUCAUUGUUUAAAGUUCAUUUAUUAGGUGCAACUCUGCUUUCCUGGAAAGUUGAUGAUGCAGAAAUCUUAUUUGUAAGUGACAAGGCAGUAUUUGACAAUAAAAAAGCGAUAAGAGGAGGAAUACCAUUUGUUUUUCCACAGUUUGGCCCCUGGAGUGCUGGACCACAACAUGGUUUUGCUAGGACUUCCCACUGGAAGCUGGAGAAAGAGCCAGAGAAGUUGCCUAAUGGAGAUGUUCAAGCAGUGUUUACAUUGUGUGACUCAGAUUCAACAAGAGCUUUGUGGGACUAUAGGUUCAAAGUGACUUAUACAAUCACAUUAAUGGACAAAAAGCUAAAUAUGGAAGUUGAUGUUAAAAAUACAGGAGAAUCUGAAUUUUCAUUCACUGUGUUACUGCAUACAUACUUCAAUGUUCCUGAUGUUACUAAGUGUGAGGUUACAGGCCUGAAAGGUAUUACUUAUGUGGAUAAGACAAGGAAUGAAGAAACUUUUUUGGAAGAUCGUGAAGUGGUUACUGUUGCACAGCUUACAGACAGGGUAUACCAGAAUACACCAAGUGAACAUUCCAUUAGAGUUGUUGCUGGGAAUAGAACAAUCACGAUGAGAAAACACAAUUUUCCUGACACGGUUAUCUGGAACCCAUGGAAGGAAAAGGCUAAGGCUAUGAGUGACUUUGGAGAUGACGAAUACUUAAACAUGAUUUGUGUGGAAGCAGGUUCUGUAUCCAACCCAGUGAAGCUUGGGACCAACCAGACAUUCCAUGCAUCUCAAGUCCUUGAAUUAACUUAGACAGUAUAGAGAAAUUGUCAUUCAUUUUCUGAGAACCAAUAUUCUUUCUAGAAAUAUAUAUUUUGCUUAUUUUCCAAAGAGCAUUAUGAUAUUCUAUUGAAAAUGGUAUCUUUAAUUUUCUUGCAUGUUUCAUUACUUGGUGUUUAACAAGAUUCAUAAUUCAGGGUUUUUUUUGUGUACUUGUACAUGUAAUAAAUAUGGCAUUUGGGAAGUGCAUUUAGAACAGUUUA